CAUUUUUUUAUCCGUAUUAAUUUCACGUUCGGUACGACAAAGAACGAAGUGGCCGCGCGCGGUUUGUGUGUGCGUGCGUUCUGUCCCCGGACACAUUGUCUCGAGGGGGUUGCAAAAAUGUGAAGGUGUUGUGAAGUCACACAUUGGCUCUGGUGCCGCCGAUAAGUAGUAUGUUUUUGCGCGUGUUCUGUUUCGUGAACCCGUUUGUUACGUCGUGGCACAUUCCGAAGUUCCGAUUAAUUGCCUUUACGUAACGGCACUGGAACCACGAUACGUUCUUUCGGCUUUUCUCGCCCCCGGGAGACGCGCCACGAAAAAUCGAUCCGAAAGAGGGUUCAAAGGUUGGACUCCGAGAAAAGUGACAGAUGUGACGGGAGCGACCCACCGGCGGACCAAUAAUCGAUGGUCGACGGAUGGUCAUUAGCUGAGGCAAGCAAACUGAAAGCAAUAGGGGCCGAUUGCUGUGAGACUCUUAAUGCAGCCAAUACCGGAGGCCGAACGGUGCGUGUAGCGGGAACCAAUAAGUAGGUGGUAGUACACCAUCCGGAAACGAACGAUCUACCGGCGAUACUUGGCCCACGAAUCAGGUGCCCCCGAAGCUUCCUGAGGCAGAACCAAUCUAUGUGGCGGAGAGUGGCGAAGCUGCGUGUUGUGGAUGCUAAACGAGCAGUUGAGCAGCGUCUACUGCUAAGUGGCCCGAACGACAACGGAAACGCAAAUCUUCGUGAUAACGAACCGCGGCGGCGGCGGCGGCGACCGCGAACGACUGUAAUUCCAACCGACACCCGUGUGCUGCUAUCCAAACAAUCAAUCGACCACGAGAGGACCCCGCAGAUGAUGGCGCUACUCACGGGAGGAAUAGUUAAUGAGACGAUGAACGUCUUCCUCAGCAGCCUAACGCUGCAGGUGCUGGUGGCGCUCGUGAUCGGAAGCAUGCUGUCCGCUUCCGUCAAGUAUCGCGUAAAAAUGUUCAUUGUUUUGCUAAUGUCCUUUUUGGUGCUGGUUGUGCCGAUUCCGUUGUUUCUCUUCAAGCCUCGUUGGCCGCUGAAUGCGCUUGUUCCAGGAAUCGUGGCGUGUCUGUUUAUCCGUGCGUUUGGCGUCGAGUAUGAAAUCCGCGGACAGGAGAACAUAAACGUACGCAACGGUGGGGUCGUUCUGCUCAAUCAUCAAAGCGCAAUCGAUAUAGUGAUGUUGUCACGCUUGUUGCGUGAGUUCCGUAACAUAGUGCCUGUGGUGAAGAAGGAGCUGUUUUACGUGCUGCCGUUCGGAAUCGCCUCCUACCUCGUGGGAGUCGUGUUUAUCGAUCGUCAAAACUUGGCCUCAGCGAAGGACGUAAUGAAACGGGAGACGGUCGCCAUCACCAAAGACCACCUCAAGCUGGCCAUUUUCCCGGAAGGAACGCGGCACGAUAGCGACACCCUGUUGCCGUUCAAGAAGGGCGCGUUUCAUGUGGCCGUCGACGCCCAGUCCAUCAUCCAGCCGGUGGUGGUGUCGAAGUAUCACUUUCUCGACCACAAACGGAAGCGCUUCGGACGGGGCCGCGUGAUAAUAAACAUUUUGCCGGAAAUUCCGACCAAGGGUAUGACCAAGGCGGACGUCAAUGCGCUCACGGAGCGGUGCCAGAAGCUGAUGCAGUCGGAAUUCGAUGCGCUGAGUGCAGAGGCCAAACAGUACUGCCAUACUUGAAGUCGCUCCGUACGCGAAACGUACGAAUUGAAGAAAUCAACAAUAUACAAAACCCCAGAACCAGGCAAAGCAAUACAACUCUACGAUACAGACUAAGUAAUCUAAGAUCACAUGUUGCGGGGGACCAGACGUAGAACAGCGCACUCUACAUGCCACAUGUAACAAACCGCAUGUACUAACGCAUGUAACACACAACCGGAAGAGCUGAGCACCGCGCCGAAGGGCUAGAGUGGACGGGAAGAACUCCACAAUCUGUGAUUAAUUGGUGACCAUAUGCACUUUCAGCACCCUCGCCACGAGCAGCGUGAAAAGGAGUAUCGAUACGUCCGUCUUUCCGCGCAACGCACACGACUAAAACGUGCGUCGAAAAGACAAUUAACCAAUACGGUGUGAUAAUGCUCACGAAAGCCAGCUGGGACCCGACCCGAUGAAGACAUUCGCACCGGUACCUGAGUACUUUCGCUGUACGAAAAGCGAUGUCAAUUGAAAACAUCUCAAAGAUGAUCAAGCCGGGCUUUGGAACUGGAAGUACACCUUGAGACCUUAAUAAGACCUUGCACCAAGCGAAUACUCAUUCGGUUGUUCAUGUCGCGAAAGUUAAACAUUUAGGAUGUUGAUAAACACAAAAAACGAUAUCACAAAGGGUGCCGGGCGACGCCGGCCCUUUGCUCUGCUGGUAAAGCAGUAAUGUACUACCUAGUAGAACCGAGUCACUUUAGUUACACUAUAUCGGUUUCGUCGAAUCAAAUAAACAAAGAAUUAGUGAUCGUGUGCCACAACAUAUUGUAACAACUUAACGGAAAACAAAUAUUGCUGUGUAGUGCGAGUUUAUCGGUGAAAAUAAAUUCUUGUGGUAAUU